ACUUAAUAUACCUGCGCCUAAAGACGUCAUGGGUGCGAUCAUGUUCGCGUGGAUGUACAUAUAAUUUGGUCUGAAGACCGUUUGGCGCUCCGAGUCAACACAGACAGCAGUCACUUCCUCACCUGUCUGAUGGAGAAGUAUGACAAGCUGGCCAAGAUUGGAGAGGGUUCAUACGGUGUGGUGUUUAAAUGCAGACACAGGGAAUCCGGACAGAUAGUCGCUAUCAAGAAGUUUGUUGAGUCAGAGGAUGACCCAGUCAUCAGGAAGAUAGCACUGAGGGAGAUACGCAUGCUGAAGCAGCUGAAGCAUGUGAACCUGGUUAACCUCCUGGAGGUUUUCAGAAGGAAGAGACGUCUCCACCUGGUCUUUGAGUUCUGUGAGCAGACCGUCCUGAACGAGCUGGACCGACACCCCCGUGGGGUCCCUGAGGUUCAACUGAAGAGUAUAGUGUGGCAGACGCUGCAGGCCGUCAACUUCUGCCACAAACACAACUGUAUUCAUCGGGAUGUGAAGCCAGAGAACAUCCUCCUCACCAAGACAGGAGUCAUCAAACUCUGUGACUUUGGAUUCGCCAGGAUCCUCACGGGGCCAGGUGACGACUAUACAGACUAUGUGGCUACUCGGUGGUACCGGGCUCCAGAGCUCCUGGUGGGUGAUACUCAGUAUGGAGCCCCGGUGGACCUCUGGGCGCUGGGCUGUGUAUUCGCUGAGCUACUCCAUGGAAACCCUCUCUGGCCUGGACGCUCUGACGUUGACCAGCUCUACCUCAUCAGAAGCACUCUAGGUGACCUGAUCCCUCGUCACCAGCAGGUGUUCCGAUCCAACGUGUUCUUCAGCGGAGUCAGCAUCCCCGAGCCUGACACCACGGAGCCCCUGGAGAAACGCUUCCAUGGUGUGUCCUCUCACGCUCUCACUGUCAUGAAGUCAUGCCUGGUGAUGGACCCGUUGUUGCGUCUGUCCUGUGAGGAGCUGUUGGAGCUGCCAUACUUUCUGGAAGAAGGCGGAGCCAGCUGGGGCCGCGAGGGGGAUUGUCCCGGGAGACGCCAUGACAACAAAAUCUCCAGACGACGACAGGUCGGGCCGCAGUACCUUCCUCAGCUCCCCAGCAACAACAUCUCUCCUGCUCCAGAGACCAAGAAACAGAACAAACACAGAUACACAGAUCAUCACCUGCCCAACAUCUAGAGAGAGGAGAAUCGGCUGUCCAACAAAUGACAGAGAGAGGAGAAUCACCUGUCCAACAUCUAGAGAGGAGAACCACCUGUCCAACAUCUGACAGAGAGACGGAGAAUCACCUGUCCAACAUCUGACAGAGAGAGGAGAAACACCUGUCCAACAUCUAGAGAGGAGAAUCACCUGUCCAACAUCUAGAGAGAGGAGGAACACCUGUCCAACAUCUGACAGAGAGACGGAGAAUCACCUGUCCAACAUCUGACAGAGAGAGGAGAAUCACCUGUCCAACAUCUAGAGAGGAGAAUCACCUGUCCAACAUCUAGAGAGAGGAGGAACACCUGUCCAACAUAUGACAGAGAGAUGGAGAAGGAGAGAGACAGAGGGAAAGAGUGAGAGGAGUGAGAGAGUAAAGGAGAGA